AGGACCCUCCAGCUGACAUUGAAUUUCACAAUUGCAGCUACUGAUUUUCCCUUUAUUUCUGCCUUGCAAACUGCCCCUAUAGGAACUACAGAAUGAAGAAAGAAAGCAUUUCAGAGGAGACUGGUCUUCCAGAUGCAGAAAUAUCAAAGCCCAAAAAGUGGAAUUUCAAAAAAUGUGCCAUUCUGGCGAUAUCUGUCUGUCUGAUCACGACUGUAUCACUCUUUACGCUCUUAUUCUUUGCCAAGGAUUUCUGGAAACAAAUACCAGAAAAGGUCUACGACGUUGAAUACAAAUUCUUCAACAACGGCGAGAAGACAACGGUAUUGAUGGAAAUUGAUCCACGUAACAAAAUUGAAACUUUUCGGACGGAGAACGGCACAGAUAACGCAGUGGAAAUCCAUGACUUUAAACAUGGCAUUACUGGGAUCUACUUUGCUGGGCUUCAAAAAUGCUUCAUCAAGACCCAGAGUAAGGAGAUACCUGACACUGAAGAGAGCACCAUGGUAGAACUUGAGGAAAAUGCGAUUACUAGCACAAUCUAUGAGGAGUCCAUGAUGUGGAUCCCUGCCGAGAAACCAAUAGAAGACAAAGAGUUCAUGAAGAAUUCCAGAAUAUUUGAGAUAUGCAAGAAUGUGACCACACACUGGAUCUAUCCUACUACUCCAACCGCUCCUGAAUUUUUGGAUUUUGACGACAGAGAAGAUCGCAGUGGUGAGAAGCAGACUAAGCGUCAGAGCAGAUCGUUGACAGAAGAAGAUCUACCUGUCAAUGACUAUAGAGAAGCGGGACUUGAAAUGCCUUCUGUGUAUGACCACAGAGGCUACUGCUGUCAUCAUUGCCGACGCGGACAGAGAUAUUGCCAGCGAGUCUGUGAGCCCAUGCUGGGUUAUUAUCCUUACCCUUACUGCUACGGUUCAGGGCGUGUGCACUGCAGGAUAAUUAUGCCUUGCAACUGGUGGAUUGCUCGGAUGUUGGGGAGGGUGUAAAAUGCGACAGAUAAAUAUCAUUAUACAUCAGCUUUAAAAAAUAAAUAGAGAGCAUCCGUCUGGUGUUCUCAUAUCUCUUACUGCGACAACUGCCAGCGACCUCAAGUGCUCAACGGCUACUCUAGUCAGUGAGAUCUCAUGGGCAGAGCUGAGGACUUCUAAAUCAAAGUAUUCACCACUAAUGGUUAACCCCCCCCAAAACUGAAAAGUUACUUUUGGUCAGCGUUCAAUAAGUCAUGCUAUAGUGCAGAAUUCUACUUGGGGUCCAGCGUCACUCACAAUCCAGGGGUCCACUGAAGUCUUCCUAGGUCCACUCAAAGGACAGCUUUCCGUUACUAGAUCAAGCUCCUAUAAAACACAAAGGGCCAGAUGUACUAAGUCUUGGACAGAGAUAAAGUUCCAGUCAACCAGCUCCAAACUCAUUUUUCAAACACUUUAUCCUUAUCCAAGGCUUAAUACAUCUACCCCAACGUGAAGUUGUUGAUACCUUUCCCCCAUGCACUUCUCAGUCCCAUAAAUGGGAAGUUUAUGGAGUAGGGACAUCAAAAACACUGCUGUCCAUUUGAUACAGGGAAUCAGUAGUAGGAGAGGAAAACCUCACUGGACAUUUGGAGCACUUGGACAACCAAGGCUUGAAGGAACCCUAGACCCCAGGUAAGUAUAAUUCUGCAUUAUACCAUUAUUUAAGGAACUCGGCUAAAACCUACACUGUUAUUCCUUGGUGGAAGUCUUCUUUUGCGGAAUGGAACCAGGUCGUGUUAAUUUGGGGGUGGAGCUUGCAUUUCAGAAGCUCCACCAUAUGCAGAUAUAAGCCAUACGAAACAGUUAAUUUAAUGUGAAAGACACCAGGUCACAUAUCCUUACUAUGCUGAUGACAUUUGUAGCCAAGUGACAAAACAAGGAAACAGGUAGUUCGGAUUUUAAAUAUGUAAACUUUAAAAGAAAAUAACUUCCACACACUAUUUUUGCAUGUAUAUUGCCAGUAAUAAUCACUAUAUAAAAGUCUAUAUAUGUACUCUAUACUCAAUGGGUUUUUUUUAUCUGAAAGGCAUCAUAGUAUAUUUUCUGCAUAGUCAAAAAAUCAAUAUUGGGCCAUGACUUUUUUUUUCAGGCAAUGUUCAAAUCUUCGGACAGGACCAGUGGUAUAUCUUUGC